GUCUUGCAACAGGUACUAAAGCCACCCAGGUCCGUGGAAAGGAAUGUCCGGAACAGCCAUGUCUUUUGAUGAGAUCUACAUUGAUUCCAAAGAGCUGAUUGAGAAGCGGCUCUUGGGUGGUGGGGGAUAUGGUAUGGUCUCGCUGUGCCACAGGAAAGAUCACGGGCUCGUGGUUUUAAAGACAGUCUACACAGGCCCGCAGCGCAUGGAGUUCAGCGGAUCCCUGCUCGAUGAAGGGAAAAUGAUGCAUAAGUUGAAUCACGAGCGGGUUAUAAAGUUGAUUGGAAUAAUUUUAGAAGAUGGGAACUACUCGCUGGUCAUGGAGUUCAUGGUGAAUGGGAAUCUGCUGCAGCUUCUAAAGAGUGUAACCAUUCCGUUAUCAGUCAAAGGAAGAAUAAUUCUGGAAAUCAUCGAAGGGAUGACUUAUUUACACAACAUGCGUAUUGUUCACAAGGACCUGAAGCCUGAAAACAUCUUGGUUGAUGCCAACUUUCACAUCAAGAUCGCGGAUCUCGGCGUGUCCAUCUUCAAGACCUGGAGUCAGCUGACGACGGAGGAGCUGAAGAGGAGGCGCCAGAUGAGCUCGAAGCUGCAGAAUAACGCAGGCACCCUGGCGUACCUGGCCCCCGAGCACCUGGAGUCCCUCAAAACCAAAGCCACCGAGAAGUCCGAUGUGUACAGCUUCUCCAUCGUGGUGUGGGUCAUCCUCUCCAACACGGAACCCUACGAAAAUGCGGUGAGCAAUAUCCAGGUCAUGCACCUGGUCCAGAACGGAGAUCGUCCGGACCUGGAGCUCAUCCCCAAUGAGGUUCCUGAAUUGCUUGUCUCUCUGAUGCAGCAGUGUUGGGAGAAGCAGCCUGUGGACAGACCGACCUUUACAGAGUGCAACCUGCAAUUCCAACCAUUUUAUGAGCAAAACUUUCAGAGGUUUAUUGAUAAAGAUGUGGAACGUUUGAGAGAACUGACCCAGGAGACGCCGACUGCGUCCAGACAACUAGUGAAACGGAUGACGUCUCUGCAGGUGGAUUGUGUCGGGCUGAUGCCAGACACCCCAACCAGAGACGACCCGUUUUCACUGCACAGCUCACAAGUGGCAUCUGCGAACGGUCACUUGCUGGAGGGCUCCUUCAACGCCAGCGGGUUGAGCCAGCCGGUCGAGAACCAGCAGGACAGCUCGUGCGAGAGCAGGGAGGACGAGCAAGUGAGGAGGAAGCUUGGGGAGGAGCUGAGGUACCACAAGACGGGCAGCCGGCUAGAUGCCUCGUUGGCGGCGGGCAGCCGGCCAGGCGUCUCGUUGGCAGCGGCCAACCGGCUAGAAGGCAUCCGGGACGAGUUGAUGAAGGAGCGGAGCAAGCGGGUCUCCAACGAGCCGGCCUUCGGCAGCUCUUACCCUGCCGUGGCCACAGGCCUGCCUAGGGCAGAACCCAACGAGGACCUGUACACCUCCCACCACCCCUCGGCCGACCUCUCGCGGCUCAUCAAGGAGGAGACCAACUUCCAGCACCCGAGCAAGCACAGUUACCCGGGGUACCUCGUGGACUACAGAUCCCCUGCUCUACAGACACCAGCUCUCGUUCCCACUCCGGAGACCAAUGCCUCAUCGAAAGCACAGCUCGGUACCUGGAAUCAAUACCCAUGGGGUGGAACUCAAAGUGUAUCUGAUAUCUACGUUGGGAAUUAUAUCCGGAGUCCUGUCAGCCAGACGGAACCGAGCAACCUGAAGAAUUUUGGCCAAGAAAGCCAGCACAGCAUCUGCUUGUCCCACACCAGGAGUGUUCAGAUUGGUGACAAUAACACUAUGUACGUUGAAAAAAAGGUCACCAACAAAAAAAAACAUAAAGGCGUCAAGCCGCCCAGGCAGACAGCUAACGCUCAUCUUCAGCAGAAUUUGGUUUCAGAUGGUCGUCCCGUCACGGAAUCUCACUUGGACCUCUUGCGAGGGGAGCUGGGCAAGGAUUGGAAACAGUGCGCCCGUAAACUCGGCUUCCGCGAGCCCGAGAUCGAUGAAAUCGACCAUGACUACGAGAGGGAUGGACUGAAGGAGAAAGUCUAUAAGAUGCUGCACAAAUGGCAGAUGAAAGAAGGCUUCAAAGGCGCCACUCUUGGUAAAGUGGUUCAAGCCCUCCUCAGUUGCGAAAGGUCAGACCUCGUCCUCCACCUUCAGAAAUGCUCCUAACUUUCAUCCCGUUUCAAUGCAUUGCUGUCUUCGUCUUUUUAUGCGGGAAAUUGCGCCACACUGUCGCAGCGGUGUAACGUGUAAUAAUGUGUAACAUAAAAAGUUGCUACACAGGUUCCUAUUGGUGGCGCAGCGGGUAGAGCUGCUGCCUUACAGCGUUAAGGGCCUGUCCCACUUGGGCGAUUUUUCAGCGGACUGCCGGUGAAUGUCUAGUUCGCGGCACUCACUGAAAAACCGGGAACGGCGAGUGUCAGAGUGCAACCCACACACACAUACACACACACAUCGCAAAUGCGGGGGCCAGGGAAAGCGGGGUCUGCAAUUCACACGGUGCAAAGCCAAGGUGAUACGACAGGCACACACCCCGAUGAACAGGAAGGUUAAGACGUCUAGCACAGUGUACGGUAAGUCCUA